AUGCAGAUUGCGUCGAUGCUAUCAGACCUGAUGUCGUUGCGAGUUUGUGACUACUCAGCGGCUCUUGCACUCGUUUCUGCGCACAAGGACAAAUCGGGACAGCAAAAAGCGGAAGCUGAAUUGGAACAAGACAAAGAUAUCCGGCGAGUAAGGGAUCUUUUGGAGCUGCAUUAUGGUGUCAAAGUGAAGCAUCAGCAGGGAGAUGAUGAGGGGUUGAGGCAAGCGAGAGUCGAGGUUGAGGUCGUUUUGAGGGAGCUCGAUAGCUCCGAGUCAUGA